AUGACAUCUGCACCUAGAGAGCCCUCCCGCAUACCCACUGCUGUCCGCAAGUUGCUUUCCUCAAUGUCGCGCUCUCAGCCCACGCUGACAUUUUCACCCACUUUCACCUCAUUCGUUUCCUCAGUUCCACAAUCUAACACCCACACCACCAGUCACGAGCUAGUUCCCUCUGCAGCGAGUGCCAAACUGGUCCCUGAAAUUGCGCCGACGAGCACACGUGGCUUGGAGAGUAACAUGCACUACCCCACCAAAGGCAGCGUUGCACCCGCUGUCCCAUCGUAUGAUGCGACCCCGGUUGUCCGUGAAUUAAUGUCUACAAGGGGCUUCCCAGAGAGGGCAGAUGAUGCGGAGUGCCUCCUGGCCCUUGUUCGCAGGGCGCGGGACCAUUAG